UUUUUGCUCAUUGGAUCUUAAAUAUUUUUGCUGGCGUCUAAUUAGAUUACUACUUUGAUUUUGAUAUAAAGCAAGUGGAUUAGCAAAGGAACUUUUGAAGAUGCUACCCACGGAAGGAAAAUUUUUUUUGCUCGUCAACAACGAAUGCAACUUAUCCGUCGGAAUCAAGAAUAAUAGGGACGACCCAGCAACACCGGUGGUACUGUGCAACCAGGAUGACAAGCAGGAGCACCAGAUAUGGUUUGAGGACCCUGCCACUGGCACCAUCAGGUCCUUCGCCAACAACUACUGCCUUACGUUUACCGAGGUGGGCAAGUUUGCCGAGAUCAGCGAGUAUGUGCCCGACAGUCAGACGCAACAGUGGAAGAUUGGUAACGGGUACGUAGUGCACAGAAGCGAUCCAAACAAAGUCUUGGAUGCCAACGUACCAUUAAACUGCGGGACCAAGUUGUGUGUGUCAAAGAAUGACGGUAGCAAUAAAUGGAAAGCCGUUUACUUAAAACCAAAAGUGUUUUACAUCUUGAGUCAACUGAAUAAAAAAGCGGUGGAAGUCUAUCAAUCGAACGAAGAACCAGGUGCCAAAAUCAUAAUGUGGAGUCAGAAGCCAAAAAAUGAGAACCCAACCAACCAGCUUUGGUACGAAGACAAACAGGGCAACGUCAGAUCAGCGUUGAACAAUUUCGUUUUCGAUGCAUCAGUGCCAGGAGAUGUAACAAUGCAGCCGUACGAAGAAACGAACGUGAAGAAACACUGGAUCAUAUACGGACACGUUAUUUGCAACCGCCACAACAAGAAACUUGUGCUGGACAUCACAAACAGCGAUUCGGAUGACGCCGCCCCAGUUGGGGUUUGGGAGUACAAUGGAGCGAAAAAUCAGGCUUGGUGGAUCCAUUUCAUUAAUUAAAUGUACGCCGUUGAGAAAUCAAAGUAUCGAAAUCGCCGAUAACAUCAAUCUGUCUCAGUUUUACUUCAUGUAUACAACUUUUAAUGUAUGUAAAGGUGAACAAUAAUGAACAAUUGUUUUAUUAAUUAUUUUAUCUACCCCAUGUAAAAAAAUUUAACGCUUUCUAUUUUUAAAUUAAAAAAGUUUGUCGGUUCUUCAUUGACAUAUACAUACAAAAAUAAAUGUUCGCUGUUCUAAAAUGUUGAGGAAGAAAAUAAAACUUAACAACUGUUACAAACGUGUUUAUAUAUCCAAUUCUUGAGAUGAUUUUCGAAGUCAGUUAAAUUAAUUUGGCAGGUUGAUGAAACUGCUCGGAAGAACUUGAGUAACAGGACAACUAAGUCAUCAUAACGUGGCAAAUUGUUGUAUAAAUCUGAAAACUCCGAUAGUUGAGCGUUGCAUUUUUCAAGUUCACCAGCGAGAUUUACAACAUUAGGAGCACUCUCCAACUCAUCAUCAAUCAUCUUCCUCCUCAAACUUUUAAUGACUUCUUCAAACUUCGUGAUGUCAUCAUCAUCAUCAUCUUCACCUGAUUUUUUCCAGCCAUUUAUUCCCUCGCUCUGUUUGGAAGUGUCAUCGUUUGUUGGAACUAACGACCAUACAUGCAGACCGCCUGGAGAAACAUUUUCAACUUCCUUCUUGAACAAAUCCUGCCUACUGCUCCUGUUUUGAGCAAUUAACUCCUUACAGCAUUCGUUUAUCCGUGCAAUUUUCUUAGCCAAAUAUUCCAUUUUGGCUGCUUUUUUGUUGAGCACUUGCCUACUCAGCGUUUCGAAAACUUUUCCAGUUUUGUCAGCUGACGGUUU